AGUGCCAUGGCCGUGACAUCAACACAAGAGAAAGUUAAGAAAUUGUGUUUUGAAAGGAGGGCUGCUUGCAUCAUCAAGAAAGCAAUAGAGUUGCAAAUACUGUGCGAUCUAAAAAUUGGUGUUGUUAUUCUUAGCCUGACGGCAAGCUGGAGACUUGGCCUCCAGAACUCAAAGACGCGAAGGCUAUACUCGACGCCGGCAAGGAAAUGCCUAGGGUUAAGAGCGAGAAAAGAAAAGGAGAUAAUCCUGAGAGUUCUCACUGGGAGAUUUUGGUUUCAAAACUGCAGCUUUUGAACCAGAGGGUGGAGUUCCUUAAGGGUAAAGAGAUUGCAACAACCUCCCAAGGGGGAGAAACUCUGGUGAGAAGCAAGAAAAGGAAAGACUUUUGUGAAGAAGGGUACCCGGAAAUCUUGAAUUCAAAACUCCAGCUUUUGAAGAAGAGGGAGAUGAUGUUCUUAAAUCCUUCUGCCAAUUCACCACCAUCUGCAUCUGCAUCUACAUCUGCUGAGGGCAAAGAGAUUGACCUUUUUGAUGAUCUCGGGGGUGAAUGUGAUGACUUCUUCUUAAACUUAGAAGAAGAAGAAGAAGAAGAAGAAGACAAGAAUCCACAAAACAAUGGUGGUAAUGCUGGUGACUUCUUGAAUUCAAAACUCCAGCUUUUGAAGAAGAGGGAGAUGAUGUUCUUAAACCCUUCUCCCAAUUCAUCUGCAUCUGCUGAGGGCAAAGAGAUUGACCUUUUUGAUGAUCUUGAUCUUGAUCUUGGGGGUGAAGAUGAUGAUUUCUUCUUUAACUUAGUAGCUGAUCCACAAAACAAUGCUGGUAAGGACAAAGAAAUUGAACAACAAAAUUCCUUUACUGCUGCUGAAGAGUGUGGGGAAGAAGUUCAGGUGAGGAAGAAAGCCAGGCUGCAGCAAUACCCCAUUGCUCCUUUGAACAACAAUCUGCCCCUACUUACCCCUCACCCUGCUGCAGACUAUUGGGAAACUCUGUUUACUAAUGUGGUAAAUUCUACUGAUGCUAUGCUCUCACUUCUACAAGACUUGUAAUUUGCAAACCUUAAUGUUUUCCUUUUCUUAAUUUCAAAUUUCAAUGUUU